GGCUGCAAGAAGAGUCUUUUUUUUUUUUACAAUCAUUAGGAUUCAGGGCCACCACCACUCCGUCAAAACCUUGAACGCUGACGUGGAAUUCCCUAUCAAAACCAACAAAUAGACUUCUUUCUCUCUCUCUCUCUCUCUCUAGAUUAAAGUAGAACCUUUAAUCACCUCCACGCCUCGCUCACCAAUCCUUAAAAUAUAUCCACCUGGUACCGGACCUCUGAAACCUACUACUGCAGCCUUUGACUUCUUCUGCAGUACCACUGUAACAUUUUUAGGCGGUUGCCGGUAUGGGAGUAACGAACGACGACGUCGUUGUGAUCCAGAAAGGUAGAAACCCAGGCGAGCCUUGCUGUGUCACAGUCAAUUGCCCCGAUAAAACCGGCCUCGGAUGCGAUAUUUGCAGAAUUAUCCUCGAUUUCGGCCUAUACAUCACUAAAGGAGAUGUUUCUACUGAUGGGAUAUGGUGCUACAUAGUAUUAUGGGUGGUUCCUCAAUCCAGUUCGCUCAUCUUGAGAUGGUCGAAUUUGAAAAAUCGUCUUGUAUCUGUAUGCCCAUCGUGUAUAGUGUCAUUUUACUUGGACCAAUCAUCGACGCACUCCACGUCUUCUGUGGUUUACCUAUUGAAGUUUUUUAGCCUUCAUCGAAAAGGAUUACUACAUGAUGUUACACAGGUUCUCUGUGAGCUUGAGCUUACAAUUCAGAGGGUAAAAGUGAUGACGACCCCGGAUGGCAGAGUUCUUGACCUAUUCUUCAUAACAGAUAACAUGGAGCUUCUACACACAAAGAAGAGGCAAGAUGAGACACUAGAACAAUUGCAUGCUGUUUUGGGUGAAUCAUGUAUCAGCUGUGAACUUCAGCUGGCAGGUCCUGAGUAUGAAUGCCUUCAAGGAAUUUCUUCUCCUUCUCCUGAGGUAGCUGAGGAGCUAUUUGGGUAUGAAUUAUCCGACAAGGAAAUCCGCUCUCAAGCUCUUAGUCCAGAUAUGUCAAAAUUGAAGAAGGCUAGUGUCACAGUAGACAAUUCAUUGAGCCCAGCUCACACGUUACUUCAAAUACACUGUGCUGAUCACAAGGGUCUCCUAUAUGACAUCAUGAGAACCUUGAAAGACUGCAAUAUCCAGAUAGCUUAUGGUCGAUUCUCACCAAAUUCAAUGGGCUAUCAUGAUUUAGACCUAUUUAUUCAGCAAAAGGAUGGGAAAAAGAUUUUGGAUCCAGAGAAACAGAGUGCACUAUGUUCUCGUUUUCAGGUAGAAAUGCUUCAUCCCUUGCUUGUCAUCAUUGCCAACCGAGGACCAGACACUGAACUGCUGGUUGCUAAUCCAGUUGGGUUAUCUGGAAAUGGAAGACCACAAGUUUUUUAUGAUGUUACGCUUGCUCUAAAAUCUCUUGGGGUCUGCAUUUUCUCGGUAUGAAAGCUUGGCAUUAGAAAGUAAGUGAUUCAAAAAACUCAUUAGUACAUUGCAUCUACCAGGAUCUUCAAUCUUAGAUGGUUAAAUGAAUAUUACAUUUCCAGCAAGUAAUGUGGCAAAUUGGGCACCUUAGUUCUUAUAUUGCUAAUGCCCUUCCAUUCCACAUGUUGGCAUGGGUAAUUGGAUAUUGCCUAGCACUUAACUAUGGUACUUGCUUUUUCACACAAACUUGUGCAGUGCUGAUGGCAUUCUUGAAUCAUUUCCAUAUUGUAAAUUACCUAGUCAAAUCUUGAAAUACUUGUAACACUUUCUGUCUUGGGUUUUUAGGCUGAAAUAGGAAGAUAUUCAACAUCAGAAUCAGAUCAUGAAUGGGAGGUUCACAGAUUUCUUUUGGAUGAGAACUGCAGGUUUCAGUUGUCCAAAAUGAUAGCUAGGUAUUAAAUUUUAGAUAGAGUUAGAAGAACGUUGAUGGGCUGGUGAGUAGAUUUAUUCAUAUUAUACCAAGAAUCUAAGUUGGACUCAACUUUGCUUUCCUCCCUCCAUCCUUUUGGGAUUAAAUGGUCAAUAACCUGGUGCAUUAAUUUCCGGUUAUCUAAUGCAGAAAGUUUGUAUUCUCAAAUUUCCUCAAGUCAUGACUGUGUGUUGAGCGUAAGCCUUCUAAAUGGGAAUGUCUUUUUUGCUUCUCCGUGUAGGCUUUGUGAGCUUUUCACUUUCUUGUAUCUGAUUGAUAUGUAUUUCUGCUUUGC